AUGGGUGUUCGAGAGGCCCUCGGUGGCAUCGUGUCUGCUUCUAUGGUUUUCUCUUCAUCGGAUAUCCCGGAGAUCUCCUCCAUGCUCCAGUUCGGCAUCAGCAUGACCCUGUACACUAUGAGCGUCGGGGUGCUGUGGUAUGCCAUCUUUGGUCGCCUGCAGUACGGCUACGGUACGCAGCAGGACCUCAUCUGCAUCCUCCAGGCGCAGCUUGCGGUGAAAGCGGCACUGCGCCUGGAGGCAACACCGGAAAAGAUCCCGGCGACAGUCUUCGCCAUCAUCUGCACCUCCUCCAUACUCAGCGGGCUAGUCAGCAUUCUGUUUGGCAAGCUGCGGUGGGCCACAUCCAUGCUCAUGAUCCCAAAGCCAGUUGUCAGCGGCUUCUUGGGUGCCAUCGGUGUGGUGGUCCUUCAAGCGGGCCUGAAGACAGCCUCCGGGGUGCGGUUCCAUCACUUCUGGCCUGAUGUUGGAUGGGUGGAGUUCUGCUCGUCCAAGGAUCGAGUGCUUCAGGUCACCUGCAUGAUGCUGCAUUUCGCGUGCAUUCGACAGGGUCCGAGCGUUUGCGCUUCGCUUGUGGACGCCGACCACAGCCAGCGGCGCCAAGAUGCCGUGAAGAAGUACGCUGCCUUGGUCUGCCAGCUUGCCCCACUGCUUUUAUUCUACAUCGUUGUGAUGUGUCUUGGUAUGAAUAUGGAGUCCCUGGCGGAGCAUGGCUGGACAUAUCCCAGCAACGGAAGCGAAGGAGCCAUGAGCAUCUGGAGCACCUACAGCUUCUCCGACGUGGACCUUCUCACAGUUCGGGAGAUCUGCGUGUCGCUGGACAUCGUGGCUCUUGUCGCCAUGGCCAUCCUUUGCACGAUGCUGGGUGCCCUGGCCAUCACUGGCCGUUACCCCACCGGCCCGGCAGGGGAUCCGUCCCCAGACGACCCGCUGGACUUCAAUGCAGAGCUGACGACGGUGGGGGCAGCGAGCCUCUUCCUCGGCCUGACUGGUGGAAACUUGAUCUUCCACAAGUUCUCAGUGAUCCAGCUGCGAGAGGAUGGCGGCACACACCGCGUCGCAGUGCUGACGAUCGCGCUGGUCGCCGGCUGCCUCUUCGUGUUCGGCUUUCCGAUCGGGUCUGUUGUGCCAAAGUGGUUCCUCGGGGGCCUCUUUAUGAACACCGGCUGGUCCUUCCUGAAAAAGACUCUCCUGUCUUACCAGCACAUGAGCACCUUCAAGUGGCGAGGCCUGCACAUCGUUUCCAUGCAGUAUGGAAUUUCCACCUGCUGCGUGCUGAUGGCACUGUACUUCAGCCCAACGACAGCCAUUAUGGCCGGGCUCUGCCUCAGCAUUCUCCUAUUUGUCUGGGAUGGCAUGUCCACAUCGCCCGUGAGCUCGGUGGUAGAUGGCCAGCAUGUCGUGAGCCGAACGAAGAGACCAUGGUGGGAGAUGAACGUACUUGCAGCAGAAGGCGACCGAGUCCGCUUGCUCUACUUGCAGGGCCAGCUGUUCUUUGGCUCCAUGCUGCAGCUCACGUCCAGUCUCGAAGCGGCCGCAUCGGACCACCGCAUCGAGUUCGUGAUCUUGAGCUAUGCACGGGUACCUCUCAUGGACCCGUCUGCGGCCGAAAACAUCCGUGCUGCGCAAGAGAAGAUCUCGAAGUUUGGUUGCAACGUUCUCCACUGCCGCACCAACGAGCAGGUUUUCGGAGCACUUUGUGCAGCAGGAGCAAUCCAGCGGCCAUCAAAAGAUUUCUUGCUGCGUAUCCAGAACAACCAGUGGAGCUUCGUCAGCGAGUCGCUGGAAUACCUCGACCCUGAGACACCGAACAACGACACCCAUCCGGACGCCUUCUUCCAUGAAACGGACUGCCUUGACUACUGCGACGAGUACCUCGUGAGAAACUUCAGCUAUGAUCUCCUGGCGCCCAGCCCUCCUCUGGAAGACUACAUGCGCGAGUACCGUGCAGUGGUCGAAGGUAGCCAGAGCCGGCUCUCGGAGGCGGCCUUUGAGAUCAUGAGCCUGGGAAGCACCGCAUGA